GUAUUCAUUCAUUACAUAUAUCAUAUCUAUAUGCAUAUCGCUGAACUCAACUCUUUAACAUCAAUUUCAAGUAUUAUUAUUUCUGCAAUUUGUGCUCUUAUUGAUUUCUAAAUCUUCAGAAAAAAUUAAAUAAAUAUCAAGUAUCUUACUAUGGCAAUUGUGGAAGGGAUUGUCGCUAAUGGUGUAACAGAAAUAUUAAAGAAAUUAAUUCCUGUUAUUGCUCAAGAAAUAAGGCUGGCAUGGGGUGUCAAAGAUGAAUUGGAAAAGCUUCAAAAAUCUUUGCAGAUGAUUCUUGCCGUCUUAGCAGAUGCAGAAAGUAGGCAGGUGAAGGAAGAUGCUGUGAGAGUUUGGUUGAUAUGGCUCAAAGAUGUGGCUUACGAUGCUGAUGAUGUUAUGGGCGAGUUCGCUUAUGAAACCUUACGUCGGGGUCAAAGAGGGGACCGAUCCAGGCAUAAAUUACUCGAUUUCGUUUCGCCUUCCAACAAUCCUCUUGGUUUUUCUUUCAAAAUGGUUAAGAAAAUUAAGGAUAUUAACGGAAGAUUAGAUGAAAUUAGCAAAGAAAUGAACAGGUUUGGCCUGCAAGCUGCAGCAGUUAAUACUUCUGUGGUUCGUGGUGAAAGUAGUGAGCAACGGAGCCGGCAAACUGCAUCCUUUAUAAACGAUUCUGAGACUGUGGGAAGGAAGGAUGAUGUGAUUAAAAUAGUAGACGUAUUAACGAAGGCGAACAAAUCAUCAUCGUCAGAUGUGAAUUACCAUUCUUCAGAGAAGGUUUCAGUAAUCUCCAUUGUGGGGAUGGGUGGGCUUGGGAAGACUACCCUUGCGCAACUCGUUUACAAAGAUGAGUCGGUAAAGAAAUACUUCGAUCAAAGAAUAUGGAUCUGUGUAUCUACAGAUUUUGAUGUCGAAAAAAUCUUAAUGAAAAUUAUGGAAUCCAUCACUCUUGAGAAAUUUGAUAAUUUAUCAAAUUACGAUCUGUUGGUAAAUAGGGUUCGAGAAAAUCUCCAGGGGAAGAAGUUUUUGUUAGUAUUGGACGAUCUGUGGAGCGAGGAUAUUCAGCAGUGGGAGAGGCUCAAAGAUCCUUUGCUCGUUGGUGCUCAAGGGAGUAAAAUAUUAAUCACCACACGUAACAUGCAGGUUGCACAUGUUGUAAAGGGGGGUAUUCCUCCUUACAGAUUGGAAGGAUUACAAGAAGAUAAAUGUUGGUGUAUCAUUGAGAAAAGAGCAUUUUCUCCCGGUGGAGCCGAAAAGACAUCAAACAUGACAAGCAUUGGAAAAGAGAUAUCAAAGAAAUGCAGCGGUUUACCCCUUGCAGCAAAAUUCCUCGGAAGUCUGAUGCACUCGAAGAAUAAAGAAAGCGAUUGGUUGUCGAUUAGAGAAACUGAUGUCUGGAACGCACAAGAAGGUCAAAACGAAAUCCGACCUAUACUGAAAUUGAGUUAUGAUAACUUGUCGCCUCACUUGAAGCAAUGUUUCUCUUAUUGCUCAAUUUUCCCCAAAGGUUGGGUGAUUAAAAGGGAAACUCUGAUUCAUCUAUGGAUGGCUGAAGGUUUUCUAGACUCUUGUAAUGUGGGAAAAGGAAGAUAUAUUGAAGACGUAGCAGAUGCGUACUUUGAGAAUUUGGUAGGGAGCUCAUUUCUGGAUGCUGCGGAAAAGAGUUUACUGGGUAACAUAAAGACGUGUAAGAUGCACGAUCUCGUCCAUGAUCUUGCAAAAGAUGUUGCUGGGAAUCAGGAAGUGGCGUCUCUCAAGGUGAGUGAGCUGAAUGAUAAUACUUCUAAAAUACGUCGGUUACAGUUAAUAUUGGAUGUAGAUUUAUCAGCAACAUCUCUGAAAAGCUUAAGCAACUCGGAGAAGUUGCGGACAGUAUUUAUCCCUGAAGGUUCAAAGCUGGAUCCUUUUAUGUUGUCAGAAAAUAAUCAGUACUUGCGUAUCUUACAUGUGGAACGUGGUUCACCAAUUGCUAUUGGUCGUCUAGAGUGGCGUUCCUUGAGUGUGCUAAAACAUUUAAGGUACCUCCGCCUUUCCUGUCUUAGUCUUAGGGAAGUAAAGAAUGAUCAGUCCAUUAGUAAGCUUUAUAAUCUGGAGACAUUGGUAUUGAAUAUCAUUUCCGAUGUUCAAAGUCCUCUGUCAAACAUUCAAUCACUAAAAAAACUAAGAUAUCUUGAAGUCUCACAGACGGAUAUGGUAGAACUACCUGAUUCCGUAACAAGUCUUUCUAAUUUGCAGACAUUGGAUCUCAAUAAUUGCUAUUUGAAAGUUAUUCCUGACUCAAUUUCUGGUCUGAAAAAUCUAAGAUUUCUAAAUUUGUCAUUCAAUCGUAUUGAGGAAUUACCUAUUUCUAUCAUCACCCUCUCCAAUUUGGAAACAUUAGAUGUCAACAGCUGCAAAAAAUUAAAAGCCUUACCAGAGUCAGUGAAAGGUCUUUCUAGAUUGAGGAUAUUUGUUCUCAAAAACUGUCCAUUACUUAAAGAAUUACCCGAAGAUCUUGGAACGUUAACUCAGUUAAGAUACCUUAGCUUAGAGGGUACUCAGAUCAGAGUAUUACCAGAGUCUUGUGUUAACCUCAACAAUAUUGAGUAUGUGAAUCUUUCCGAGUGUGAGGUUCCCAUAUAUGUCAAAAAUUGGACAAAUCUUAGAGAAUUUUCUUCCGAAUCGGGAAAUAUAUUGGGUGCAGGCGACCUGAUUUUCCUUGAAAGGUUGGUUUACUCGGUGCCGAAAAAAUAUACUAUAAAUGAAGCUGAACGUAACGUCGGUAUUGAAGAGUUGAGUAAUCUAAACUUUCUUCAGGAGUUAUCUAUUUAUAAUCUUGAAAAUGUGGAAGACCCAGCUGAUGCUGAGAGCGCAAAUUUGAAAGGAAAACAGAAUCUUCAUGAAUUAUUUCUACAUUGGUCGUCGAAUUCUUCUCAACGUCCUGCUGAAGUAUUUGAAGCUCUCCAACCUCCCACUUGUUUGAGGAAGUUGAAUAUAAUGAACUUCAGGGGGCAGGUCUUUCCCGAUUGGAUGUGUGUUCCAUCUGGUCUUCCAAAUUUGGUGCUGUUGGCUCUUUUUAAUUGCGCAGGAAUAAAAACACUUCCAGAUAUUGGUGGAUUUCCUUCCUUGAUUGAACUGCGUAUCAUUAAUAUGUUCCUUCUAGAAGAAUUUCGUUAUUCAUGUGCUUCUCUUCAGGAUCUGACGAUUAGAGACUGCAAAAGUUUAACAGAAAUCCCUUCGUUUCCUUCUCUGGCGAAAUUGCUAUUAGAUAAGGUCGACCUCAAGUUAGUAUGCUCAGUUGGGAGAAGCCAGACAUCUCUCACGGAGCUACAAUUGUUUAAUAUUGAGGAUCUUAUAUACUUCCCAGUAAGCAUACUCGAAAACAAUUCUAAUCUUCGUAAUCUGGUAUUUAAAGAGUGCAAUCAGUUAAAAGGCUUUGGUGUAAAUGAGAAUGGACUUCUCUUCAAAAACACAAUUCUUGGCUCUCUUCAGAUAUUGGUUUUGAUUGAUUGUCCAGAUCUUAAGUUUCUUCCAGAUUUUCGAGGAUGGACUUCUCUUCGGGUAUUACUCAUCUUCAAUUGCCCCCAAGUGAAGGAAUCUUUAACCUAUGAUCUCAAAUCCCUCUCCUUUCUUCAAACAUUGCGUGUUGAUUUUAUUCAAAGAGACGAGCAGCUCGGAGAUCCAUCUACUUGGGAGGACUUGAUUAAUUUGCUGGAUAAGUCCUACUUAUAGUUUCAAAUUUUGUGUCCUCAAUUGUGAAAUUCUAUUACAUUGUUGGAGAAUUUAACAGCAGAGCCGAUUCAUCACCUUUAAGGAUGAAAUAUUUAAGUCAAAACUUCUUCAGCCUGCUGCAGGAGCCGGCAUAUGGAGAAGCAAGUUCAUGACUUGAAAAGGAUUGAAUUGCUCAAGAUAGAGAUUAUAGGCUACUGGAUAUGUGGCAUGAUCAUUUGCAAAUUUAUCGAAAUUAUGACAACUCCUUUCUUGUUUAAAAUCUUAACUAAACAUUCAUUCAAGUGUCUCGAAAUCAAGAUUCGUUGUGGAAUAAAGUAAAUUGAGUGAAUAAUAUAUUUGUAUUAUUUGGUUUCUGC